CAUGUCUUGUUUUUAAUGUAGCUAUAAAGGUUUUUGCUUGCCCGAAAUGGUCUUAGUCUGGUUCUACGUUACAUUACGCGCGGAUCGACCGCUUGGGAAAACGUUGUGUUUUUUUUUUCAUUCGUAGUUAAUCUUUCGUGUUAUAUAUUACAUGGAUUGUUAGCCGACAGUGCAAAUUUGUUGAACUAUCUCCGAGUGUGGAUGCUAAAGUAUAGCUCACCACAAUAACACUUGUUGCUGUGCAUAUAUUUGACGUCGCGGACAAUUACUUAUAUUGCAGAACCAUGAUCAUAGUGACUAGAUACUGAAAAAUAUUCCUUUGCAACCUAGUGCAAUCGUUGUGGAUUUAUAAAUUAUUGUCACUUUCCAAAAACACGCUUAUAACUAUUUUUGUUCUAAUUUUGGAGAUAUCAAAAAUUUGAUAAUUGCGUGACAAAACUGUGAUAUAUAAUAGUCGUUAACAUUAAAUGUGUAAUAUGAAAGAGAGAAAAGACUCGGUUGAAAGCAACAAUAAUGAAAACCAUAGCCAACAGCCGUCAUUUAACUCGAGUAUAGUCCAUCCAAGACACCAGCGAAACAGGAUGAAGAAGCGGAUGUCGACGCUGCUUCACACGCACGUGGCCCUUAUCAUCCUGACCGCGUGCGCCGUGUUGGACGCCGGAUGCGUCAUUGGCCAAAUUAUCUCAGACAUCCUCAUCAUGAAAGAUGAACUUUAUGAAAAAGAAAUCCUUGAAUCGAAAUCAAAAGAAAUCGUGUUUAGGACGUUCCCUCACAUUUUGAAUGAUUCAAUACACGGUGACUGGUCGCUGCCAAGUGUGCUUAUGGAGGUCCACAAAGAGAUGGGACACACCCACUCCGAUGGCCAUGAUCAUUUACCCAUAGACGCACUGGCGGCAUUAGCGAAUAUACCCUGGCCCAAGAACGGGAGCGAUCCCGUUUUGGACGCUCUGGGCCUGGAUAUGGACCCAAUGCUUCACCACGCCCACCAUGACCAUGCCCAUGACCACACCCACAAGCGGAAGAAGCGCGGCGCAGGCGCAAACCACAAACACGACAUGUUGUCAGACUCGGCCAAGUACCGCCAUUACAUGCUGCACGAGCUCACUCACGCGUUUCAUCUUGGUUCAAUGGUUAUCCUGACUUUCCUCGUAUUCGUCACGUAUUUCAAGAUCUUCGUCAUGGGCAAGAAAUUCCUUCAUCACAAAAUUGAGGUGUUUGACGCGUUUGUGUUGACUGUGUCUUGGGCGCUUGAUUUGGUGUUCUGGGAGGGUUUGUGGGCACACCCUGAAGACGAGGCGGCAAAUAUCAUGAUCUUUAUACUUCCCUGGAGAGUAAUCCGUAUUGUCAACAGUUUUGUGUUAGUGAUCCAGGGUCGAGAUUUACUACAGUUGAAGAUCGUCAAACAGCAGUACCGCGGGUCUGUGAAAAGAGCUAGUGACCUCAAGAUGAAGGUCGAACUUUACAGGGUGGAGAUAAAGAACCUACAUGCGCUGGCCAAGCGGAAGGGCGCUGGAGAAAAGGAGAUUCAGAGUUGCGCUGCCAACGGUGGAGCUCGUCGAAGACGAAGCAGUUUACUUCCGGUAUUAAACAGGCUGGCAUCUCUAGGCCUGUCUGUGAACAGCCAGACUGACUUAACUAAGGCGACAUUCGAGCCGCCGACGCCCCACGACUCCGAUGACGAUCUGGACUCCACUUACGUGCCGUCAAUCAGCCGGAUGAGUAGCGUGAGUCUAGAUGACUACAACCUGGGCCGGACGAUGAGCAACAGCACCGUCUCAACACUUCCGGUGCUGUCGCCAAAGCCAAGCGUGAACUCGUACGCAGGGGAAGAUAACCCGGUGUUCGACGAUAGCCUUUCCAAGGAAGAAUUCGAGAGACGCUAAACAAUGGGUGUUGAUACCAAACUGUGAGGGACUUCUCUGUGAUGUAUAGAACGCUUUGAAAAAGUUUGCUUCAGUGACAUCAAAUGACGUCAUAGACGUUACGUCAUCAGAAUCUUACAUGUUCAAUUGGUGAUAUCUAGUCGAAUUCGUGAUAUUUGCGUUGCUGACUACGGCAAAGCCUUCGUUUGUUUACCGGUGACUGACACAUGCCCAGUUGCUUUGUUUCGCUCUGACAAUGGUCAGAGAUUGACCUGGACAUUGUGUUCAAAGACGGACAGUGCCUUGAUUGACAUUUAGUCGCAUUAUGUCGCAAUGAGCCAUACGUUUUUAUAUACAACUUCUUUAUCCGACUUCUCUUUUGUUCUGUUUGUUUUUUCUUAAAAAAGAGAAGAAGACAGAGAAUAGUUGAUUCUUUUAGCGCUGAUAUUAUCGGUGAUAUUGUCAUGUGCAACACAUUUACUUUAAAAUAAUUUAUACCACUGUAUUGGUAUAAGUAAUCAUGUUAACAAACAACAUACUUGGUCCUCAUAGCAUUUAAUCAUUUUUAAAAUACAUACAUCAUUUUUUACGAGAUUAAUUAUCAUAAAAUCAGACGUGCUUUUAGAUCGUUUGUGGUACAAUGGUUACAGUAUAGUGUUUACCAUUUAUUUAGAUAUUUUAAUGAUAGGAAGUUGCGCAUACAGCCACAAUAUGUUAUAGUAUAUAUUUGUUAUUGUUAUUUCGUUUUUGUUUGGAAACUUACCAUUUUUCUAUGCCACAACUUUUAUCGGCGUAUGUGCUACGUUAAAGCGGCCCAUCCGCGGUCAAUAAUAUUGACGCUUUCAAUAUUGGACAUUUACAAAAAAUAUUCAACUUGAGCUGACAAUAUUAAAGACUUCAUCAAUAUAUUGACGAAUUCAGAGAGUGUAAUUAUUUAAAGACAACUUGUCAAUAUUUAUUAUUAUCCUUAUACUUUUGAACGCUUGUUGUGUUACAAAUUCAUCUAACUAUUUAUAGAAUGAUUGCUCGGUUGGUGAAAAAAACAUGAUCACUAAUUUUAUUGCUUCAAUAUGAUUAUUAUUUUUAUUUGACCGCGGAUGGCCCGCUAUACGCCUAGCCAAUUUAGGACAUGUUUUAUCAACGUUUUUUGUUUGUUUACAGUUGGCUGUGCUCAUAGUUAUGUUAAUAUGUUAUGGUAUAUAUGUAUAAUUGUUUCGAUUGAUCGCUAUAUUAUUGGCCAGAUGCUCAGUAUUUCUUUCCAAGUCUUGGUAUCCAAUAAAUUCGGUUUAUAAAAGUUGAGCAACUGGUCAUAUGUAUUUGUUCUAUUUAAAUGAAUGUUAUAAAUAGUUUUAUCAUUGAUAAAUAGAAAAGAUAAAACACUAUAGACAAAAUAUACCUAACAGAGAAAAUAGAAUCAUUUAAAAUAUAAGAGUAACAAUAAAUUCCAGUGUAACCUUUUUAUUAACGUAUAUGACAAUCUAGUCUUCAUUUUUAAGCAAGUCAGAACAAGAAAAACACAACUACUCAAUCUACUUGACAAGUACAUAGAUUGUAUAUAUAAAUAACCUUUCCUUGCUUUAAGCAACAUAAUCAACCUUUUAAUUGUUCUUCUCAAUUUUUCAACUUUUUGUGUUAUUUUAAAAAGUAAUAUGUGGGGUAACUUUUAAAUUUCAAAAUCAUUUAAAGCUGCACUCUCACAGAUUAACAGUUUUGACUUUAUUUAUUAAGACAUCAAUGCCUUCGAUUCAGUCAUAUAAGAUAACUCACAAUAGAAUAGAUCAUUUGUUUCGAACACUUCCGAAAAACUCAUUUUUCUAAAAGCGUUAGUAACACUUUUAGCCAUAAAACAAUUAUCGAACGUAAAUAUUAAAAACAUCGAUCUUUUGCCAGCAGUCUUUGAUCAUUGGUUUCUAUACAUUUACGCCAAAAUUGGCUCAUUCCAAGAUAAAAAGAAUAAAAACGUUGUCAAAACGGUCAAUCUGUGAGAGUGCAGCUUUAAGAGUUUUUAGAUGUUGUUUUUUUCUUAUUUGUAUGUUUGUCUAUAGUUGUGAUUGUAUUUUGUAUUGCCAUUUUAUGAAACAAAAUAAACGAUCGAGGUGUAUUGUUUAA